GGUGGCGUGGGUUUGACCUGUUCUCCCUCCUGGCUCAGCACGGGCCCGAGCACCCAGUGUCCUUCCUGGAGCAUCUCUGCUUGGAAGGGCGUCCCCACAGGGCUGCUGGUUAAAUUUAGUGUGGGGGGUGGGGCAGCUGUCCAAGGUCCACCUGCCACCAGGGCUGCCACUUGGGCUCUACUGCCAGGGGGCGGGCAGGGGCUGGCUCUUCCUGGGGCCAGGCCCAUAUUAACCUGUGCUCCAGCCUGGGGGCCAGAGGUCCAGGCCUGCACCGGGGAGGCCGUUGUGGCAGCGGAGCAGAGAAGUGCAAGAGUCAUGGCCUCAAGCACAGUUGACCAGAGCCAGGUGGCAGGGAAUGGGCUUCGGGAGAAGGUGCUGACGCUGAACAGCAUGAACCCGAGAGUGCGGAAGGUGGAGUAUGCAGUGCGUGGCCCCAUAGUGCAGCGAGCCUUGGAGCUGGAGCAGGAACUGCGCCAGGGUGUGAAGAAGCCUUUCACCGAGGUCAUCCGUGCCAACAUCGGAGAUGCACAGGCUAUGGGGCAGAGGCCCAUCACCUUCCUGCGCCAGGUCCUGGCCCUCUGUGUCAACCCUGAUCUUCUGAACAGCCCCAACUUCCCUGAUGAUGCCAAGAGAAGAGCGGAGCGCAUCCUGCAGGCAUGCGGGGGCCACAGCCUGGGGGCCUACAGCAUCAGCUCUGGCAUCCAGCUGAUCCGGGAGGACGUGGCGCAGUACAUUGAGAGGCGAGACGGAGGCAUCCCUGCUGAUCCCAACAACGUCUUCCUGUCCACAGGGGCCAGCGACGCCAUCGUGACGGUCCUGAAGCUGCUGGUGGCUGGUGAGGGCCACACGCGCACGGGCGUGCUCAUCCCCAUCCCGCAGUACCCGCUCUACUCGGCCACGCUGGCAGAGCUGGGCGCGGUGCAGGUGGAUUACUACCUGGAGGAGGAGCGCGCCUGGGCGCUGGACGUGGCCGAGCUUCACCGCGCCCUGUGCCAGGCGCGUGACCACUGCCGCCCUCGUGCGCUCUGUGUCAUCAACCCCGGCAACCCCACCGGGCAGGUGCAGACCCGUGAGUGCAUCGAGGCCGUGAUCCGCUUCGCCUUCCAAGAGCGGCUCUUUCUGCUGGCUGACGAGGUGUACCAGGACAACGUGUACGCGGCGGGCUCACAGUUCCACUCUUUCAAGAAGGUGCUCAUGGAGAUGGGGCCACCCUAUGCCAUGCAGCAGGAGCUCGCCUCCUUCCACUCCACCUCCAAGGGCUACAUGGGCGAGUGUGGGUUCCGCGGCGGCUACGUGGAGGUGGUGAACAUGGACCCUGCGGUGCAGCAGCAGAUGCUUAAGCUGAUGAGCGUGCGGCUGUGCCCGCCGGUGCCAGGCCAGGCCCUGCUGGACCUGGUGGUCAGCCCACCCGCGCCCACUGACCCCUCCUUCAUGCAGUUCCAGGCUGAGAGGCAGGCAGUGCUGGCAGAGCUGGCGGCCAAGGCCAGGCUCACCGAGCAGGUCUUCAGUGAGGCUCCAGGCAUCAGCUGCAACCCAGUGCAGGGCGCCAUGUACUCCUUCCCUCGGGUGCAGCUCCCCCCGAGGGCGGUGCAGCGUGCUCAGGAGCUGGGCCUGGCCCCUGACAUGUUCUUCUGCCUGUGCCUUCUGGAGGAGACCGGCAUCUGUGUGGUGCCUGGGAGCGGCUUUGGGCAGCGGGAAGGCACCUACCACUUCCGGAUGACCAUUCUGCCCCCCUUGGAGAAGCUGCGGCUGCUGCUGGAGAAGCUGACCAGGUUCCAUGCCAAGUUCACCCUCGAGUACUCCUGAGCACCCCAGCUGGGGCCAGGCUGGGCCGCCCUGUGUGCGCUCAGGGCCCUGGGGGCCUUUGGAGCCCACUGCACUUGCUCCUGCUGCCUGCAGGGGCUGGGCCCCUGCCUCUCUGCAGGUCCCUAAUAAAGCUGUGUAUUAGUCUGACUCCAGGGAGGCAGCA